CUCGAAAAGAUCAAGAUAACCCCUUUGUCGUUUUAGCUUACAUGUGGGUGUACUUGAUCCGGCCUCUAUAAAUACUCCUCUGUAUUCCCACCUUAGCACCAUCCGAAGAUUUCAUCACAUUCAUACAAAAAAUGGCCCACCGAGAUCAUGCCCACCGUCUAUCAGUAAUGGCCAUGCCAAUUCAGGUCUCCUUCCCGAUGGCACUAACGGUUGCAAUCGAGCUAAGAGUAUUUGAGAUCAUAGCCGAAAGUGGGCCAGGAGCACAGCUCUUUCCAUCUGAGAUAGUCGCCAAGAUGCCCACCACCAAUCCAAAUGCUGCGACGGCACUCGAUCGCAUCCUCCGAAUCCUCGUUGCCAACUCCCUCCUCACUGUCCAAGAAACCAAUGAUGGGGAAGGCGUGCGGAUGUAUGGUCUGACGGACCAAUCACGCUGCCUAGUGCCUGGCGAUGAUGGUGUGUCGUUGGCUCCACUGGUGCUCUUUUGCUUACAGAAACCGACAUUGGACUGCUUCUACCACCUGGGGGCUUCAGUGCUUGAAGGUGGGCCCACACCCUUCCAUAGAACACAUGGGAUGGACCUGUUUGAGUAUGCUGCAACGGACCAAAAGUUCAGGGGUCUCUUCCAUGAGGCCAUGCGCAAUGUUACAGUGAUUAUCUUGACUGAGGUGUUGGAAGGGUAUAAAGGUUUCAGUGAAGUCAAGGAGAUGGUAGAUGUGGGUGGGGGCAAUGGGACGUCUAUCAACCUCAUUGUUUCCAAGUACCCACACAUUCGAGCUGUAAACUAUGAUUUGCCCUGUGUCAUAGCUGGAGCCCCUUCGUACCCAGGUGUGGAGCAUAUUCCAGAAGAUAUGUUUGAAUCCGUACCACCCACAGAAACCAUUUUCAUGAGGGGUAUCCUUCACAACUGGGGCGAUGAUAAAUGCUUGAAGCUGCUGAUGAACUGUUGGAAGGCAUUGCCUGAUGGUGGUAAGGUGAUAAGCGUAGAGUUUGUGAUCCCACCCAUACUAGGAACGGACCACGUGUCUCGCUUCACGACGGGUUUAGAUCUACUUAUUAUGCCCAUUUUCAUCGGCGGUAAGGAGCGACCCGCAUCAGAGUACUGUGAUCUAGCAAAGGCUGCUGGAUUCUUCGAAACCAAGGUUUUUCCAAUUUCCAAUGGCAUCGCCGUCAUGGAAUUCUGUAAAAGACUUUAAAUCACAAGCUAAUGGACCAGCCAUGGUGGUUGUAGAAGAUUAGGAGACUCCUACGCAUGCAUGUGACUGUUCAUGCUCGUAAUAAACAAUCUAGAUCAUCCAAAUCAUGGAUCCCAAAAUACUUAUCAGAUUAGUGGCCAUCUGAUGGACGGUUAAAAUGAAUUCAUAUUGCACAUUCAAACGUACGCUAAUUUGAGGUUAGGAUUUCCCCAAUCAAUCUAAUCCAGUGAGCCGAAGAAUCUAACGUGGGGCCCAUGAUUCAGACACUUUGAUUGAAGCUACGUGUUGAAUAGCUGUGUGUAUAUAUACGUAUGGAUAAUCAUAUUACUAUAUCAUCGCUGCCUCUGUGGUUAAUUUCU